ACACAUAAAAUGGCGGAAGGGGAGUGUUUGAAGUAAAUCUUUCCAAAGAAAACUGAUGCGCACAUGUACAAUGUUGCUAUAUUAAUGUAAAUCAUCUUAACUUCACAUAUUUUAUAUAAUUUGAAUGCUUCAUAAUGCACUUUUCAAUUCCUGACACAGAAGAGUGUAAAGACUCCAGUGGAACUUCCUUCACGUCUUACAAUCUAUACAUUAAUGGAGUCUUCCACUGUCAACUACGUUACAGAUUGUUGCAUCAAUUCCAUGAACAAAUGAAAAAAGAAUUUGGUGUUCUUAACCUGCCCCAGUUUCCUCCAAAGAAGCUCUUGUCAUUAACUCCAAUACAGAUAGAGGAGAGACGGAUUAUGUUAGAGAGAUAUAUCCAAUUAGUUAGUCAAGAUGCUCAAAUAUCCAACAGCGAAAGUUUUAAUACUUUCCUACUUAAUGCCCAACAGGAGAUGCAGAAAGAAGCUGCAGAGAAAGUGACGUUAAAUAUAUAUUUAAUGAAUGGUCACAAAAUAUCUGUAAAUAUAAAUUCAACCGACCAAACAGACGACGUUUUAGAGAAUGUAGCAUCAGAUAUACAGAUACCUGAUGACUUUGUCUAUUAUUUUGGUCUUUAUUUAGUGAAGAAAGAACGAGGGGGAGAUAACUCAAUUGUCAGAAAGUUACAAGAGUUUGAGUCCCCGUUUAUUUCCCUUCGUUCAGCCAACAAAGAAGGUGAACAUCGAAUUGUGCUACGCAAAAGUUAUUGGGAUGCAGCAUAUGAUGAAGAAUUACUAGACAAUAAAAUUACAAUGAACUUACUUUAUGUACAAGCUUUAAAUGAUAUUGAGAGACAGUGGAUAUUAGCAACCAAAGAUCAGUUAAAACAUCUGGCUACUCUACAGGAUAGGGGAUCAAAACGAGAGUACAUUCGGUUUGCUAGAACGUUACGUUACUAUGGUUACUUGCAAUUUUUACCAUGUAUAACAGAUUACCCGAAAGCCAACUCUCGUGUUCUCAUAGCAGCUGGUAGUAAGGAGCUCAACUUUAGAAUACAAGUCGAUGAUCAGAUUAAAGAAGGUAGUUUUAGUAUAACCAGAAUGAGAUGUUGGAGAAUAACAACAACAUUACCAGAAGAAAAUGAAAGUAAAAAUAGUAACGGAAAGCCGAAGUUAGAGUUAUCUUUUGAAUAUUUAAUGUCUCGAGACAGUUUAAAAUGGGUGACUAUAACUAGUGAUCAGGCUAUGUUGAUGAGUAUGAGUUUACAAAACAUGGUAGAUGAACUCUUGAUGAAAAAACAAGGAAGAAAAUUUAAAAAGCCACAAGAUAGAAGUAAAAAAUCAGUCAGUGGUCUACCCAUCAGGGGAAAUAACUCUUCUUAUUCCACAGCUCUUAAUUCCACAAAUGGAGAGGGUGAUGAACAUGGUGCUAUAAAUAAAGCAAUAGAAUCUGUCAAGAAAAUAUCAGAUAAAUUAUCGAAACCCAAAGCAAGUGAGAAUGGGGUAACAGAAAACAGUGUAUUCCAAGGAAUAGGUGACGACGACUUGUGAUUGGUCAAUUUGGACUUCAAAUAUACGAAAAACUUCUUCCUCAUCCAAUCAAAACAGUUGAUACAUUGUGAUAGAAAAUUUUGUUAAUUUAAUUAAUGCAUUAAAUGGCUGUUUUCACUUUU